GGUGGGAACACAAGAAGUAGCUGGUGUGCACCUGUCAGACUGGGUGCAGUUCUUCAGCCCAACAUUCCCUUCUGCUGGCUCAGAGGAGACUGUUGAGCCUUACACCACUGAGAAGCUCAGUCGGAUUCCUGGGGGCUACGUGCCUCUGACAGAACCCUGUCAGUUAAUGACAGUGGACUUCAAUGAUCUGCAGGAGCUGAAAAGCCUUGCAGCUAGAAAGCCCUGGAAGCUCAGCCUGCCAGUCACUGAAGGAGGAACUCUGGAUGCUGUUGUGGUGUGGUUUGUACUACAGCUUGAUGAUGAACAUGCUCUCUCCACCAGCCCUAGUGAGGAAACCUGCUGGGAACAGGCAGUCUACCCUGUGCAGGGCCUUCUUGAGUAUUCUGUGAAGACUGGGGACACAGUGACAAUGGAGGUGUGCUGCCAAGACUGCUACUUGAAGAUCCAGAAGAUUUCCUCCUUGAGCUCAGAGUGUCAGAUGGACUUUGGGGACAGAGACGAGGCCCUGGGCCACGAGGCCGAACUGUGCAACGCCCUGGCUGGGCUGCAGACAAGCAGCAAAGGGGAGGGCAAGGGCCAAGCCUGCGUGUUGGAAUCCACAGAAAUAGCCCUGCUAAACAACACAGCCUACCACGAGUGCUUCAAAGCUGCCAUGGGCAGAGUCCUGCUGGCACUGAACCCAAGCAAGGACCUGCAGUCCAUGGAUAUCGACGGACCUGGCGGUGGGACGAGCCUCCAGGAGGGGCAGGAUAAGAGCUCUCUAGAUGAGACUCCUGAUCCUUUGUACAUUUUAGAUGUGUCUGAGGGGUUCUCCAUCCUGCCAGUGAUUGCUGGUAAACUUGGACCAGUGAGAGCCUACAGCUCUGUUGAGAAAGAACAGCAGCAGGCAGCACUGGGUGUCCUGUCAGAAGCCAACCACUUCCCCAAGGAGACUUUAGAGUUCUGGCUCAGCCACUUGGAAGAUGAAAACGUGGUGCUACAGAGACCCAAGUCAGACAAGUUGUGGAGCAUCAUUAUCCUGGAUGUUAUAGAGACUUCAGGUUUGAUCCAGCAGGAGGUGAUGGAAAAGGCUGCAAUAUCCAGAUGUUUACUUCACAGUGGGGGGAAGAUUUUCCCCCAGUACGUGCUGGUGUACGGGAUGCUGGUGGAGUCGGAGUCGCUGCUGCUGGAGAGUGCUGUGCAGGGAACAGAGCCAACCCUGGGCUUCCACAUAGCCCCUUUUAUCAACCAGUUCAAGGUUCCUGUCCGGGUGUACCUGGAUCUCUCUGCACUGCCCUGCCUGCCCCUGAGCCAGCCAGCAGAGCUGUUGAGGCUGGACCUCAUGGAGCCUCUGCUGAACACCUCCAGCAGGGAAGUGAAGGUGCAGAUUUGUAAGUCUGGUCGAGUCACUGCCAUUCCCUUCUGGUAUCACAUCCAUCUGGAUGAGGACCACAGCUUGGACACGUCUGACGAGUCCUCCCACUGGAAACAGGCUGCAGUGGUCCUGGAUGAGCCCAUCCACGUUCAGGCUGGGGAUGAACUCCUGCUGGAUGUCCAGCACCACAAGAGCAACAUCAGCAUUACAGUGAAACGGUGA